AUGCGACGGCGCACGUACUCGCAUGCGCCGUGGGCGCUGGAGAGAGCCCGAAGAAUCAACCCGCGCAGGCGCACGUGCGCCGCAGGGACAGGAAGACUGGCUGAGGAAGCGCCCCGCACAGGCGCGCACGUGGAACCUGAGACUGAAGAUGAUGGUUCCGCAGCAAUCAGUUCCGGCCCUCUGGCCUUCCAGUUUCUGCGGCGCUGGCCGUGCGCCCCGCACGCCACGCCCACCAGCGCGUCCGCCCGCCCCCGGAGCUCCCCCCGGCCUCGCCAGGGCCACCUUGGUGCAGUCCGCCUGGGUUCGCGGGGAGUUUGGACGGCUUUCCCCAUGGCAUUCUUGAGGAGGGCGGCGGCGGCAGCGACGGCCAGCGCUGGAGAGAUAUAUUUCCAAAAGAAUAAUAUCAAUGCUGUUCAUUCUUUAGGACUUUUUUGCAGAUUCCAGACUCUAAUUCCAGCAGCAAGAACUUUUUCCCUAACACAGAGGUUGGAUGAAGUGUCAGACCUUGUGUGGCAUCUAGGUCGACUCAAUCAUGUAGCCAUAGCAGUCCCAGAUUUGGAAAAAGCUUCAGCCUUUUACAAGAAUGUUUUAGGGGCUCAAGUAAGCCACACCAUCCCUCUUCCUGAACAUGGAGUAUCUGUUGUUUUUGUCAAUCUGGGAAACACCAAGCUGGAACUGCUUCAUCCUUCUGGGAGUAAUAGUCCAAUCGCAGGUUUUCUGCAGAAAAACAAGGCUGGAGGAAUGCAUCACAUCUGCAUUGAGGUGGAUAACAUAAAUGAAGCUGUGAUGGAUUUGAAAAAAAAGAAGAUUCGUAGUCUAACUGAAGAGGCCACAAUAGGAGCACAUGGAAAACCAGUGAUUUUUCUGCAUCCCAAAGACUGUGGUGGAGUCCUUGUAGAACUAGAACAAGCUUAA